AUGACCAAGGAAUAUAACAAUAUGGUUAGAGUUGGAAAGUUGACAUUGACAAUAUAUUCGGUGUUCAUGGGCACCAACUUGUUGGCAACAGCACCAUUGGACUUCUCGACAAAGUCAUUCGUUGAGAGUCACAACAAGUCGUUCAAACAGGUGCCACAUGAUAGAAAGCAGUACUACAUCAACCGAGCUAAAGAGUUGGGCUAUGAGGACACCAUCAACUUUGAAAAGUACGAUGUCUACACGGCACCAGACGACACUUCCAUCUACUCAUUUGGUGAUGAGAAUGCUGCCAUUGCCAUCGUCUCUCCUGCAUGGCCAUUAGGUGAACGCGUCAAACCAAUCAUAGAUACAUACAUAGCGUCAGGUGUCAAGACCACAUUCAAGAAUGACAUUGCUUCAGUCGAGAAGUUAACAUUCAAUGACUUGGAUAAAGAGUACGGAAUAGUACCGAUUACAAAGGAUGAGGAGGAUGCUAGUAUUGCAGUGCUCAACUCAUCGAUUAGACUACACACAUCCAAAGAGAGGACAAUAUCCAAUGUCAAGGUGUUCUUGGGAACAUUCAUUCCAAUGCUGCUGGCAUCGAGGUUUGCUCUGCAAGCCAGUUUCCCCAUUGGACUGUCACAUCUCAUCGUGCCAUUCAUGGCGGUGGAGGCCAACAGCUACAUGCGCGACAAGUCCCAGACCGAGUUGGUGUUGCGCGACGUCUACUCCAAGGCUGGCGCCACCCCAUUGAUCUCCUACAAGAGACAUCUAAAGGCGCAGAUGCAUCUGAACAAGGUGACCAAGAUCUAUUCACUGCCCAGUGGCGACUCCUACGUCUAUCCCUACAAGACAGACAAGAUCAACAUCAUCGAUAACAUACUCAAAGAGAAGUCAAUCUUUACUACUGACUUUGGUGAUAAUGAUAAGCAAUAA